AUGCAUCCUCCUGCAAAGCUGCUGCUCCUCCUCGCCUUCGUCGGCACCUUAUUGCUCGCCGCCUCAUCCCAUGUGCCGGCCGCCUGCACACCGCAGGUGCGGGACGCGCUGCUGGCCUUCAAGCGAGGCAUCACCGGCGAGAUUGGCACCGCUGGCCUCCUCGCCUCAUGGCGCAAAGACGACGUCGACUGCUGCCAGUGGAGAGGUGUCCGGUGCAGCAACCGGACUGGCCAUACCCAUGUCGUCGCGCUGAACCUUCGAGGCCAGGGACUGGCCGGUGAGAUAAGUCCUUCUUUGCUUUCCCUGCCGCAUCUGGAGCAUCUUGAUCUCAGCAACAACAGCAUUACUGGCCGUAUCCCCGGCUUUCUGGGUUCUUUGGCAAACUUGAGAUAUCUUAACCUAUCCCAUGUAGUAUACGUUUCCUCGGUGGAAGUGCCUCCCCACCUUGGCAACCUCUCAAAGCUGCACUAUCUUGACCUGUCAGCCUAUGAGCCAUAUAAAGUUUCCUCCAAGGAUCUCUCAUGGUUAACACGUCUACGGUUUCUAAGGUAUCUCAACCUAGAUUCAGUAGACCUGAGCACGCUAGCUGACUGGCCUCAUGUGGUGAACGCCCUUCCUUCUUUGAGGUCCCUUCAUCUUUCUGGUUGUGGCCUAAUUAGUGCGAACCAGUCGCUCCCACAAUUAAACCUCACUACAACUCUUGAGGAGCUCGACCUUUCUUACAACAACUUUUACAACCCGGUUGCGUCUUGUUGGUUUUGGAACCUAACAAGACUCAAACAUCUCUACCUCGAAAAUAACAAUGGACUAUAUGGUCAGCUUCCUGAUGCAUUGGGGGGUAUGGUAUCCUUGCAAGAAUUAUCCUUGACACAAGGUAACAACAUGAUGAGCAUGGACUCGGCAGACUUGAAGAACCUAUGCAACUUGAGGUUCCUAUACCUUGACACUACUUUCUCAUAUGGAAUCAAAGCGCAGAGGCUGCCACAAUGUUCGUCAAACAGAUUGCAGGAGUUACACCUGAUGGGAAACCAAUUGACAGGAACUCUAGCAGAUUGGAUGGGACACCGCACCAGCUUAGUCAUUCUUCAUCUUAGUUUGAACAACAUUACUGGGCCUAUACCGGAAUUUAUAGGGCAGUUUACAAAUUUGAAGUCUCUACAUCUCUCUGGCAACCACCUGACUGGACAUGUGCCAUCUGAAAUUGGCUUUCUCACAAAUUUGACUCUGUUGGAUCUAACUGACAAUCACUUGGAUGGUUUGAUUACAGAAGAACACUUUCAUGGUCUAAAAAGCUUAGAGAUCAUAAUCGUGAAUGAUCCGAUGAUUGCAAAAGAACAGUUAUCUAGUAUUAAUCAAUUGGAGAUUGUGGUAGGUUCAGAAUGGGUUCCUCCAUUUAGACUGCAAGAAGCGUGUCUUGCAUCUUGCCAGAUGGGGCCUCUGUUUCCUGCAUGGCUUAAGUGGCAAGUGGAUCUUACUUACCUUGAUAUAUCAAGCACAGGAAUAAACGAUACGUUUCCAGAUUGGUUCUCUAGUGCCUUUUCAAAGGCCACAUUCUUGGAUAUCUCCAAUAACCGAAUAAGUGGUACCUUGCCAAAAAAUAUGGGUAACAUGUCACUGGAACUUCUAUACUUUGGUUCAAACAAUAUAUCUGGUGGAAUACCUCAAUUGCCCAGAAACCUAAGCACAUUGGACAUACCAAUAAACUCUUUAUCAGGACCGCUGCCAUCAAAUUUUGGGGUUCCAGGCCUGUCUAGGAUACAUCUAUCUUCCAAUUAUUUCACAGGUCAAAUUCCAGUGUCUGUAUGUGGAUUGAACUUAUACUCCUUGGUUUUGGCCAACAAUCUUCUUGAAGGAGAAAUUCCACAAUGUUUUGAAACAAGUGACAUGUCAAUUCUGUCAUUAAGUAACAAUAGCUUCUCUGGCAAGUUUCCACCAUUUCUAGAAAGCUGCACAGAGCUAUCUUACUUAGAUCUGGCAAGCAACAGAUUCUCCGGAACAUUGCCAAUGUGGAUUGGGAACUUGUGGGAACUACAGGUUCUACGUCUGAGCAACAACAUGUUCUAUGGGCAUAUUCCAAAUAAUAUCACAAGCCUCAAAAAACUUUAUCAUUUGAAUCUGGCGGCUAAUAGGAUAUCAGGUACCAUACCUCAUCAUCUAUCAAAUCUAACAGCUAUGACAACACCAUUCGUACUGGAUCCUGGCACAAUCAUUAAAUUUUCCCCACUUUCAUCAAUUGAUAUGCCAGUAGUCAUCAAGAGGCAAGAACUUAAAUACAGAGGUUAUGGUGUUUUGGAAAUAUCGAGCAUUGACUUCUCAUGCAACUAUUUAAAUGGUAAAAUUCCAGAGGAAAUAACGUCUCUUGAAGGAUUGAUAAAUUUGAACUUGUCUUGGAAUCAAUUGAAUGGAGGAUUACCUAACAAGAUUGGGGACAUGCACACAUUGGAGUCGCUUGACAUCUCGAACAAUAAUAUUUCAGGAGAAAUCCCGUCAAGUGUAUCAAAUCUAACGUACUUGAGCAUUCUAGACCUCUCCUAUAAUCAUCUAGCAGGAAGAAUACCAUCAGGAAGUCAACUUGACACUCUUUACAUGGAGAACCCAGCCAUGUACAGUGGCAACAUUGGCCUUUGUGGGCCUAUCCUUCAUAAAAAUUGCUCAGUCAACAGUAAUGCACCGGAGCAUUACCAUCAACAGAGAAGUGAAGAACUUUCAGAGUCGAUGUUGUUCACUUACUUUGGACUUGGGUCAGGGUUUGUGGCUGGCCUUUGGGUUGUUUUCAUUGCUCUGCUCUUCAAGAAAGCAUGGAGGAUUGCUUAUUUCCGCUUCUUUGACAAGGUGAAUGACAAAGCCUAUGUGUUUAUAGUUGUCACUUGGGGCAGGUUAGCUAGGACUAGGUAA